GUUUUUUGGGCUCGGGAUAAUCGAUAGGAUAGUUUUACCCACAGGAGAGGAGCUGUGGUCAGCGGCAACUGCUGUGGAAAGUGGCGUGUGGUGUUUUAGUUGGAAGUGUGUGCAGACACGAUGGCUCCGCUGUUGUAUUUAGGAGGUUUGGUCUUGGUGUUUCUGCUCUGGAUCAAAGCUAAAGGUCUAGACUACGUGAUCGUUCACCAGCGGUGGAUAUUUGUCUGCUUGUUCCUGCUGCCGCUCUCCGUCAUAUUUGACGUGUAUUAUUAUGUGCGGGCAUGGCUCAUUUUCAAGAUGUGCUCUGCGCCAAAACUGCACGACCAGCGCGUGCGAGACAUUCAGCGACAGGUGCGUGAGUGGAGGAAGCAGGAGGGUAAGAAGAACUACAUGUGCACUGGUCGUCCCGGCUGGCUCACAGUGUCUCUCAGAGUGGGAAAGUACAAGAAAACCCACAAAAACAUAAUGAUCAACAUGAUGGACAUUCUGGAGGUGGACACAAAGAGGCAGGUUGUUAGAGUUGAGCCACUGGCCAACAUGGGCCAGGUGACUGCACUCCUCAGUUCUAUUGGCUGGACACUGCCGGUGGUGCCUGAGCUGGAUGAUCUUACUGUGGGUGGCCUGGUGAUGGGUACAGGCAUUGAGUCGUCCUCUCACAUUUACGGACUGUUUCAGCACAUCUGUGUUGCAUUUGAACUAGUCCUAGCUGAUGGCAGCUUUGUACGCUGCUCUGAGGAGGAAAACUCAGACCUGUUCCACGCUGUCCCCUGGUCCUGUGGUACUCUGGGAUUCCUGGUUGCAGCUGAGAUUAAAAUAGUCCCUGCAAAGCAGUGGGUGAAGCUGCACUAUGAACCAGUGAUAGGGCUGGAGAACAUCUGUAAACGCUUCACUGAAGAAUCGGAGAACAAGCAGAACACAUUUGUCGAAGGCCUUCAGUACAGUCUGGACACUGCUGUCAUCAUGAGCGGAACCAUGACUGACCACGCAGAGCCUGAUAAGAUCAACAGAAUUGGGCUGCACUUUAAACCCUGGUUCUUCAAACACGUGGAGGGUUACCUGAAAAGGGGCAAAGGUGGAGUGGAGUACAUCCCUCUGAGACAGUACUACCACAGACACACACGCAGCAUCUUCUGGGAACUUCAGGACAUCAUCCCAUUCGGCAACAAUCCGAUCUUCCGUUGGCUUUUUGGGUGGAUGGUUCCUCCUAAGAUCUCUCUGCUGAAGCUCACACAAGGAGAAACCAUCAGACGGCUUUACGAACAGCACCACGUGGUUCAGGACAUGCUGGUACCCAUGAAAUCUCUGCAGGAGGCCAUCACACGCUUUCACCAGGACAUCAAUGUUUACCCUCUGUGGCUGUGUCCUUUCCUGUUGCUGCCAGGCAGAGGGAUGGUUCAUCCCAAAGGUGAAGAGGAGGAACUGUAUGUGGAUAUCGGGGCUUACGGCGAGCCAAAGGUCAAACACUUUGAAGCUAAAACAUCAACACGUCAGCUGGAGAAGUUUGUGAGAGAUGUUCAUGGGUUCCAGAUGCUGUAUGCAGAUGUUUACAUGGACCGGGAGGAGUUUUGGGACAUGUUUGAUGGGCGACUGUAUCACAAACUGAGAGAUGAACUAGGUUGUAAGGAUGCCUUUCCGGAGAAUUAUGACAAAAUCUGUAAAUCUGCUCGACACUGAGCCUCAUCACUGGCACCUAAGCUCAUUUUACCUCAACGCACAAUCUGGAUUUUACACCUGGUGACAGACAACUUGUUUAGGGACAUUUUUACCAAAGCACAAGCCUUUUUUACAUUAACAUCCUUUCUGUAAGAAAGUUAUUCAGCCUUCUCCCCCACAAAAAAGAAAAAAUUCAUAGUUUUCGACCACCAUACUCACACAGCUCCUCUUUGAUGGACAGAGGACUGAUAAUUCAACUAUGCAGUCCUCCCAAAGGUCAGCUCUAUGUAAUGUAUCAGCAGAGAAAGGCCUCCAAAACCCUUUAAAUAUCCUAACUCUGGGACUCUUAGGCAAACUGACAGAGGAUGCUCAACUGUUAACAACUAUUUGUUCAUGUUCGGCAUUGUCUCAGUUCUCUUCAGAUCUGAGCUGCUUCCAAUAAAGCUUUUCAUCUUAACUCA